AUGAACGACCCAAAUAUUUCGAAUUUCGAUUAUACAAGGCGAAAGCUUUUUGCUGAGAUAUUUGGAGUGGAAAGACCCUUACAAUCAGCACAGUUAGCGGCGGGAGGUCUUUAUUCGGGGAGCGCUAUGAGUGUAGAAGAGCUUGCAUGCGAUAAUUUGAUUUCGGAGAUAGCGAAAGAUUUUAGCAAUGCUUUAAAAAUUCAGGGGCCGGGAGACAUUGAGGAUGUGAGAGGAGUAGUACUUGAGCAGUUGGAUUACAACUCGCAGACUAUGUUUCUUCCGAAGGAGGAGGCAAUUCCUUUGGACUUAUACUCUAAUACUUCUCCUGAACAUAGAGAGACGUCCAGCAUGCACAAUAUUCCGCAAUAUCAUCAGGAAGCUUUGGAGCCUUUACGCGGUAUGGUUGAGGAACAGGAUCCUCGUAGAUCGCAAAGCGAUAUUCUGUUCAACAAGCGACAAGGCCAGUACCCGAACCAAAAGAACGAAUACCGUUUUGGUUCGUCAGCUGAAGAUCCUGGAACUGCGGUACCUACAUCAUCUAGUUUGAGUAAGAAACCCUCGAAACAAGGAUUUGGUAUUUUCUCUAACAAUAAGGUAAAUGGAAAGGAAUCUACUAAUAGCAAUUCUAAUAAUUACGAUUACGGGAGGCAGAGUCCUGUUAGUGGCUCCUCACGUACCGCUUCCUUUUCAUCUGCUACUUUAAGAAAUUUCACCUCUACUUUUCAGCAUAAAAGGAAAAAUAUGGCGGGAAAAAUUCUUUCUCAAAAACAUAACGGAUCACAAGGAAUGCUAGAUGUUGCUCCUGCAUCACAGGCUCAAUUUAAUAAUGGUAUGAGGGGUCACAGUCUACGUACUAGGCAUUCUUCUGCGUCGCUGAAUGCAAGUAUUCCAGGCAGAUAUGCACAAUCUACCCCUGUUCUUCCACAGAACAGUCCUGGUCAGCCGCAGCAUAAUCGUUCAAGCUCGACACAUUAUCAUAAGCAAGGCAUUCCCUCGGGUUCAAUGAAGCUGCCUCAUGUUUAUCCAGCUAUGCUUUCUCGUGUGGCUACCCAAUUCAAAAAAACGAUCCAAUUGGGUGAACAUAAAAAGGAUGGUAUUCUAUAUAGGGAUGCUUUUACGGGUCAAGCUGCUGUUGAUGUGAUUUGUUCUAUUAUAAGAACUUCUGAUAGAAAUUUGGCGCUACUUCUAGGACGAGCUUUGGAUGCCCAGAAAUUGUUCCACGAUGUCGUUUAUGAGCAUCGCUUACGUGAUUCGCCAAACGAGAUGUAUGAGUUUACAGGGAAUUCAAGAGUUAUUGGUAGUACUGGAGCAUUGGGCCCAACCCCAACCUCUGCGUCGAUUUAUUCUAUAGAUUCCAACGCGCCAGAUACGAUGCUGUUAAGAUCGAACUCAGCUGUAAUCUCUCCAAACCAAACUCCCAGUCAACCAUACUCUAUGACCCCGGCAAGCAGUGAGGUGCAGUUUCAUCAUAAUGAAUCAGUUGAUCCAGCUUCCAUACAUGGCGUUAAUGGUGUGUUUGUGUUAUUAGCAGAAUGUUACUCUGCCACAUGUACACGGGAUAAAUUAUGUUAUUCGAUUUCAUGUCCGAGAAGGUUGGAACAGCAAGCGCGCUUGAACUUGAAGCCCAACGGUGGGCUUCAGCGCAAUAUUUCAUUGGCGAUAAAUGAUGAUGAGGAAGAGAAACCCUCUUGGACAAGUUCAGUGGAUGAAGCCGUUUGGUCAAAACUGUCAAAGACAGAGAUCAAAAGACAGGAAGCAAUUUACGAGGUUUACAUUACAGAAAAAAACUUUGUUAAAUCUUUGGAAAUUAUUCGCGAUACCUUUAUGAAGAAAUUGGCAGAAACUAAUAUUAUCUCAGCAGACAUCCGUAAGAAUUUCAUUAAACAUGUUUUCGCGCAUGUAAAUGACAUAUACUCUGUUAACAGGAGAUUUCUUAAUGCAUUGAAUGAAAGGCAAAAAGCUUCUCCCAUUGUUGAGGGCAUUGGUGAUGUUUUUUUGCAGUUUAUUCCAUUUUUUGAGCCGUUUAUUUUAUAUGUUGCAUCCAGACCAUAUGCCAAGUAUUUGAUCGAAACCCAACGAUCUGUGAAUCCCUAUUUUGCCAGAUUUGACGAAGAUUUGAUGAACUCUAAAUUAAGACAUGGUAUCGAUUCUUUUUUAUCCCAGGGUGUGUCAAGACCUGGUAGAUAUGUGUUGUUGGUGAGAGAGAUCAUUAAAUCCUCUGAUAGUGAAAAGAACAAACGUGAUUUACAAAAUCUGACUAGAGCAAUGGAUGCUUUGAAGGACUUUAUGAAACGCAUUGAUAAUGCCAGUGGUGCUGCGCAAGAUAGGCAUGAUGUUAAAUUACUAAAACAGAAGCUUUUGUUUAAAAAUGAGUAUGUCAACUUAGGCCUUGGCGAUGAAAGACGGAAAAUUUUACAUGAGGGCCUAUUAUCGCGUAAAGAACUAACUAAGUCAGAUAAUACAGUCGCUGGCGACAUCCAAUUCUACUUACUGGACAAUAUGUUGCUUUUCUUGAAAGCAAAGCCAGUGAAUAAAUGGAAUCAACAUAAGGUCUUCCAAAGGCCCAUUCCGCUGCCAUUGCUUUUUGUAUAUCCUGGUGAAGAUAUGCCCCCUCUAAAGAGAUAUGUCGGUAGCAAGCCGGAUGCAUUCGGCCAAGUGAUUGCGCCUGAAAAUAGCACAGCGGAAGCUAAUCCAAAAAAUGCUCUCACAUUCUUAUAUUAUGGGGCAAAACAACGUUACCAAGUUACUUUGUAUGCUGCCCAAUAUGCUGCCAUCCAGACACUUUUAGAGAAAAUAAGACAAGCACAGACCAAGCUCAUUACCGGCACCGACAUCUUUAAUAUUACCAAGGUCAGUGAUGGAUUUUUCGACUACUCUAAAAAGAUUAAUAACGUGGCAGCAUGGGAUGGUGGUAGAAAAAUGCUAAUCGCUACCAAUCAAGGUUUGUUUUUGAGCAAUAUCAGAAGGGACCAGGCGUCGAACCCUAACAAGCUCGGCACCAACUUUAGUCUCCCAGUUAAAAUUGUGCAGAGAAACAACAUAACCCAGGUUGCUGUCAUGGAAGAAUUCCAGACUGUAUUACUCUUGGUAGACAAAAAGCUUUACAGUUGUCACAUAGAUUUGCUCUACCAAGACGAAAAUGGGACCCAGUACUUCAAAAAACACGCCAAGGAAAUCGUUAACCAUGUGAGCUUCUUUUCUGAAGGCUACUGUAACGGGAAGCGUGUGGUCGUCACCGCACACGCCUCUUCUCACUCAAUAAAGUGGUUUGAACACGAGCACCCAAUGCUUUUUGAAGGCAGUAAGCGCAGCAUGAAACGUAAGAUCAACGACGUACAGCUCGAUUCUGAACCGGUAUCGAUCUCCUUCCUGCGUCUAAACCUCUGUAUCGGCUGUAAGAAGGGUUUCCAGAUUGUCUCAAUCACUCAAAACGCUCACGAACCAUUCUUAGAUCCCGCGGAUACCUCGUUGGAGUUUGCCCUCAAGGACACGCUGAAGCCCAUCGCCAUAUAUCGUGUCAGUAACAUGUUUUUCCUCUGCUACUCUGAAUUCGCCUUCUUCGUUAACAACCAGGGCUGGCGCAAACGCGAAUCUCACACAAUCUACUGGGAAGGUGAACCCGAGAAAUUCGCAAUCUGGUACCCAUAUAUCCUAGCAUUUGACCCGAACUUCAUUGAAAUAAGAAAGAUAGAUACAGGAGAACUUGUCAGAUGCUUGCUAGGUGACAAGAUACGCAUGUUACACUCCAGCUCACAGGAAACCAUAUACGUUUAUGAAGACGAACGCGGAUACGAUACAAUUGCAUCGCUGGACUUCUGGGGCAAGUAA